AUGGCUGCCAGGUGGACUUUCCUGGAUCUUUUGGGGUGUCUGCUGGGCUGUUGGGCCCUGAAACCUCCUGAGGAACUACCUGGGGAAAGGGUAGGUCUGGCCCCCUUGCUGGGCCUCAAUAACAGCAGGGGUGGUGUGUUUACGGAUCUGCCCAUGGUUCUGAAGGUCUUCAGCGUGGACUACCACCACGUCCAAGCUCCAUUUGAGAUUGUCCUGUGGAUCAUGCUGGCCUCCCUAGCCAAGCUAGGUUUCCACUGGUCCAGUCGGGUCCCUGCAGUCGUCCCACAGAGCUGCGUCCUCAUCAUGGUGGGUUUGCUUGUUGGAGGGGUGAUUUAUGGGGUCCGCCACUCAGCUCCCCCUACUUUGAGUGCUGAGGCCUUCUUCCUCUUCCUGCUACCACCAAUCCUUUUAGAUGCAGGGUACUUCCUGCCCGGGAGGCUGUUCUUUGAAAACCUUGGCACUAUUCUCUGGUAUGCUUUGCUGGGGACCCUGUGGAACGUGCUGGGCGUCGGCGUGCCCCUGCAUGGCGUUUGCCUGCUGGCUCCAAGCUCUCUAGGAGAUGCCUCUUUGCUUCACUGCCUGCUGUUUGGCUCUUUGAUUGCCGCCGUCGAUCCUGUGCUCUCCGGUUUCCAAGAGAUGCAUGUCAGCGAGCAGCUGCAAGUCUUGGUCUUUGGAGAGUCUCUGCUCAAUGAUGCAGCCACAGUGGUGCUGUAUAAGCUCGUUGAGUCCUUCCUGCAGCUACCAUCCGUGACAGGGCUGGAUGUGUUGCUGGGAGGCUGCAGGGUGGUGGGCCUUGGAGGGCUCUUUGCAAGUUUGUUCUUUGGUCUGGUGGCAGCCAUCACCUCACGUUUCACCUCCAGAGCUCAAGUCAUUGCUCCCCUUUUUGUCUUUCUUUAUUCCUACCUGUCAUACCUGACGUCAGAGAUGCUCCACCUCUCUGGCAUCACUGCCAUCGUGACCUGUGCUGUAGCCAUGAAACAGGAUGUGGACGCUAACGCGUCGCAGCGCAGCAACACCAGCAUCCAAUACUUCCUGAAGAUGUGGAGCAGUGUGAGUGAAACGCUGAUCUUUAUCUUCCUGGGGGUGUCCACCAUACAGGAAGUCCAUAUGUGGAGCUGGCCCUUUGGCUGCUCUACGUUGCUGCUCUGCCUUGCCUGGAGGGCCACCGGAGUUCUCCUGCUCACUGCUGUGGUGAACAAGCUUCGCAGAAAUGCCGUAACCAUCAGAGACCGGUUCAUCAUUGCCUACGGUGGACUGAGAGGGGCAAUCUGCGUCUCCCUGGUCUUCCUGAUUGGCGACUUCCCAAAGAAAAGACUAUUUAUCACCACUACCAUUGCAGUCAUUCUCUUUACUGUCUUUGUGCAGGGAAUGACCACGAAGCCUCUGGUAGAGCUGCUGGAUGUGAAGAGGAAGAGGAGAGCUCUUCCUACUGUCAGCGAGGAGGUCCACAGCAGGCUCAUAGAUCACCUGCUGGCAGGUACAGAAGAUGUGGUCGGCUACUAGCAGCACCUCUGGAAAGACAAGUCAUUAAAUAUGAGGUACCUACGGCAUUUUUUGAUUGGUGAGAAUCACCAGUCUCGCUCCAGCAUCCUCAGAGUCUACCAGGAGCUGGAGCGGCAGGGGCAGAGGGGAGACGAGGAAGCCCCUCCAGUGUAAGAAUGCUAACUUAGAGAUUUUAAAACAAGAACACCCUGUUUUAAUUUCAUAGUCCAGGAUAUAAAGCGAUCAGGUCUUUAUCAGGUUUUAAACCAUUCAAAUCAAGCCCAAAGUAUCCAACAACACACGACAGAUGGCACCAUGUUGUUACUGAUUUAAACAAAAUAAAGCCAAAAUGGAAGUGCUAUGCCCAGAGCAUACAGGUGUGUGUUAAAGACACGAGCAACUACUGUCUAUCAAACUAAGAAGGAUGAAAUGUGUUUUCUAGGCAGUCUGGAGUCCAUCAAACACUGAAGAUUGCUGAUAAUCUUCCAACAGCUGAUGCCAACAGCUGGCUCGGGGGUUGUCCGUUUUUCUUCUUCCAAAAAAGCUAAAGAGGGACGUAGUCUUUGUUUACAUCCAGGGUCCGAAAUUAACGCUCGCCACUCGCGAGCAAAUUGCUCCAUUUGGCGAGUAAAUUUUUGAGCUCUAUCUGCCACAUAGCGAGUAAAUGUUUGCACCAAAUUAGUUAUGUUUAUCAGUCAUCUUCCAUGGAUUUCUAAUACUCCUCCCGCCUGCAUGCAACGUACACAAACGUACGCGAAACGUGAGCGCCGCAUCCAACGUUUUU